GAUGGAACUCCAUUGUUCCCAAAGCAACCCCCGCUUCGUCUGCGCUUUCUUCGCCUCAGGCCGGCGCGGCAGAUGCCGCUUUGACGUCCUUUCUCCCGCGUGCGCGCCCAAGCCCCGCCCCCGGGGCGCACGCGACGGAGCUCCGGCAAUAGCCGGGUAUUUAAGCGGCAGGGAGCGGAAAUCCCUCCUCCUCCCCUUGGCGCCGUUCUAGCCCCUCCGCCAGCGAGCUUCCGGCUUCGCAGGUUCCUCGGGUCCUCGGUGGUGGGGGACGAGGCGGAUGGCGGAGCAGCAUAUGCUGCUUACUGAGGAAGAACAUCAACGCUGUAAAUUUGGAAGGAACAGCCUGGACCGGCAGCUGAGGAACAGCAAGUGCACUGCGCUGAAUACAAUGUUGCAACAUUCAGAUACAAAUUAUGAUGGCGCGGAAAAUGCAGGUGCGUUGGAGGAGGCAGAGGAUUUUAUUCCCAGAAACAGAAAUGUGUUGGGAGCAGCAUUCUGCCCUCAGGAAGUGCGAGAGGAGACCCCUGGAAGAGAAGAGACUCGUACUGACCCACCUGAUGGCCAGCAAGACCCAGAAAGUGAGAAAGGCAAAGAGAAAAACUUAGGGAAAGAAGUACUCUUAUUGAUGCAAGCUUUAAAUACUCUUGCUACUCCAGAAGAAAAGUUGGCUGCACUCUGCAAGAAAUAUGCUGAUCUGUUGGAGGAGAGCCGAAAUGUUCAAAGGCAAAUGAAGAUGUUGCAGAAGAAACAAGCACAGGUUGUGAAAGAGAAGGUCCACUUGCAGAGUGAGCACAGCAAGGCAAUUCUAGCACGCAGCAAACUGGAAUCUCUCUGUCGUGAGCUUCAACGCCAUAAUAAAACUUUAAAGGAAGAGAACAUGCAGCAAGCCCGUGAAGAGGAAGAGAGACGUAAAGAAGCAACUGCCCACUUCCAGAUCACACUAAAUGAAAUUCAGGCGCAGCUGGAACAGCAUGGCAUACACAAUGCAAAGCUUCGCCAGGAAAAUAUUGAAUUGGGGGAGAAGUUGAAGAAACUUGUAGAACAAUAUACACUGCGAGAAGAACACAUGGACAAAGUCUUCAAGCAUAAAGAACUGCAACAGCAGCUGGUGGAUGCCAAGCUUCAGCAAACAACUCAGCUUAUAAAAGAAGCAGAAGAGAAGCAUCAGAGAGAGAGGGAGUUUCUACUAAAAGAGGCUACUGAGUCUAGACACAAGUGUGAACAGAUGAAACAGCAAGAAGCUCAAUUAAAACAGCAGCUUUCUCUCUACAUGGAUAAAUUUGAAGAAUUCCAGACAACAAUGGCAAAGAGCAACGAACUUUUCACAACAUUCAGGCAAGAGAUGGAAAAGAUGACCAAGAAGAUAAAAAAACUGGAAAAAGAAAUAAUAGUUUGGCGCACAAAAUGGGAAAACAACAACAAAGCUCUCUUGCAAAUGGCUGAAGAAAAGACAGUGAAGGACAAAGAAUACAAAGGCUUCCAAAUAAAACUGGAGCGUCUGGAAAAGCUGUGCAGGGCUCUUCAAACAGAAAGGAAUGAGCUGAAUGAGAAGGUGGAAGUUCUUAAGGAACAGGUUUCUUUAAGAGAAACAGAUGUUGAUCUAGCUGUGCAUGUGUUGCAGUCAUGCACACUCACUCCGCAUGAGGAACUGGGGAGUUCUACCAAUGGAGCGCAAGAAGGAAUUCAGCCAGAUAUUGAAUCAUCAGUGGCAAAUGACGGCUCUGAAAAAACUGUUUGCCUGGGUUCCAUUCCUACUGCAGAUUUUGUUGACUAAAAGUGUAAACACUGUAUUGAGAGAUAUAUUUUGUGUAUAACUUUAACUGGUGGUGGUAACUAUUAGUUUUGUGGUGAAAAUUUUCUUACUUUUUCUACCAUAUCUGUAUUUUCUUAGAACAGAACUUGCCUGGUACAGGAAGCUGCAUAGCGGCUAUUGAAUAGCUUAUCUAUAAAUUUUCCACAACUG